CCUCCCGGAAGCAACGACCUAAGCCACGCCCCAUUAAAUGUAGUUGGUUCCUCGGCGUGCGUGGAUUCUAUGGAUCGCACGUGCGAGGGGAGUCCCGCAGAGAAUUCAAGCAAUGAAGAGGAAGACCUUGACUCCACGGAGGCAGCACCCAGGGUCCGUGAUACCCCAGAAGACAUCGUGCUGGAAGCGCCAGCCAGUGGCCUGGCGUUCCAUCCCACUCGAGACCUGCUGGCAGCAGGGGACGUAGACGGGGACGUGUUCGUCUUUUCAUACUCUUGUCAGGAGGGAGAAACCAAGGAACUCUGGUCCUCGGGACACCACCUCAAGUCCUGCAGAGCCGUUGCCUUCUCAGAGGAUGGGCAGAAACUUGUUACUGUCUCUAAGGACAAAGCAAUCCAUGUAUUAGAUGUCGAACAGGGACAGUUGGAAAGACGCAUUUCCAAGGCUCACAGUGCUCCCAUUAACAGUCUGCUGCUUGUGGAUGAGAAUGUUCUAGUCACUGGGGAUGACACAGGGGGCAUCCGGCUCUGGGACCAGCGAAAAGAGGGCCCUUUAAUGGAUAUGCGGCAGCACGAGGAGUACAUCGCUGACAUGGCUCUAGACCCAGCCAAAAAGCUGCUGCUGACAGCCAGUGGGGAUGGCUGCCUUGGUGUCUUCAACAUCAAGAGACGCCGUUUGGAGUUACUCUCAGAGCCUCAGUCUGGCGAUCUGACCUCUGUCACCCUCAUGAAAUAUGGGAAGAAGGUGGCCUGUGGAUCUAGUGAAGGUACCAUCUACCUCUUCAACUGGAAUGGUUUUGGGGCGACAAGUGACCGCUUUGCCCUGAGAGCAGAGUCCAUCGACUGCAUGGUUCCGGUCACUGAGAAUCUGCUGUGCACUGGCUCCACUGAUGGGAUCAUCAGGGCUGUGAACAUCCUGCCAAACCGAGUGGUGGGUACCGUGGGCCAGCAUGCCGGGGAGCCCGUGGAGGCACUAGCCCUGUCCCACUGCGGCCAGUUCCUGGCCAGUAGUGGCCAUGACCAGCGACUCAAAUUUUGGAACAUGACUCAGCUGCGAACUGUGGUUGUGGAUGAUUAUCGGCGACGCAAGAAAAAGGGAGGGCCGCUCCGCGCCCUGAGCAGCAAGGCCUGGAGCACUGAUGACUUCUUUGCAGGGUUGAGAGAGGAUGGAGAGGGUGCCAAGGCUCCAGAGGAGGUAGCUAAGGAUAGCGAUGAUGACAGCGACUGAAUCUAUCUACAGCCUUGAAUAUAAGCUUAUCUCUACCACUGAGUUUCCUUCUCCCCAGCCCCCCAACAGGAAUUUCCAAUACUUUGUUGUAUGAAUUCAUGGCCCCAAAUUGGGCAAGUUUUUGCUCACCCUACCAUUGUAAAGCAAACUGUUAUGGUAAGACAGCACAGACAGACACGUGUUGUAUACCAACCAGGGGUUUAAUAUAAAUACAACCAACAUAGAAAAAAAAAGACAUCCAAGCCCCAAUCAGUGGCAAGUGGCGGAGGAAGGGCCUUUGGCUCAAAUAAAAACAAAGAUUCAU